UCAAUAAGUUCUAUUUCUCGCUGCAAUUUGAGUUCUGAAAAAUGUAUACUGUUUCUUGAUAGGACUAGAGACCCUUAUUUAACUCCACUCCCAUUUUAAAAAACAAAACAAACUGAUCUGGUAUUUUAAGCUUGAGUUUUUGAAGUGGCUCUUUUAGCUGUGGCCAGAUUGCUACGAUGGAGUCCUGGGGAUUUACCACUCUUACCCUCAUUGUCUGUAUUUCUUUCUUGGUCUUUUUUUCUCUGUGGAGAAAAGACCCCAAAGGAAGGAAGCUACCUCCUGGGCCACCUCCUCUCCCCUUUAUUGGGAAUUUGUUACAGCUAGACAAGAAGGACCUCUCCACGUCUCUCUGCAAGCUAUCUGAAAAGUAUGGCUCUGUGUAUACUGUGUAUUUUGGGUCUCAGCCAGUCGUGAUUUUACAUGGAUACAAAGCACUGAAAGAAGCUCUGAUUGAUCAGGGAGACAUUUUUGGAGGCAGGGGAAAAUUACCAAUAUUUGAUGACAUUUACAAAGGACAUGGAAUUAUUUUUAGCCAUGGAGAAAAGUGGAAACAAAUCCGCAGAUUUUCCCUGACAACUCUGAGGAACUUUGGGAUGGGGAAAAGGAGUAUUGAGGAGCGUGUCCAGGAAGAAGCUCAGUUCCUUUUGAAGGAACUGAGGAAAACAAAUGGUCAACCCUUUGACCCAACCUACAUCCUUGGAUGUGCUCCAUGCAAUGUUAUUUGCUCCAUCCUCUUCCAUCAGCGCUUCAGCUAUGACAAUGAGAACUUUCUUUCAAUGAUGAGAAUUUUAAGUGAAAACUUGAUUCUAUUGAACUCACCACUUGCUCAGCUUUAUAAUAAUGUCCCUUGGCUUCUCCGCUAUUUUCCUGGACCGCACAAGAAAUUUUUUUCAAAUAUCAAGAUACUUAAAAAGUUUAUUUUGGAUAGUACAAAGAAACAUGAAGAGAUCUUGGAUCCUAACAAUCUUAAGAAUUAUAUUGACUGCUUCCUCUACAAAAUGCAGCAGGACCAAAAAAAUCCAGACUCCGUAUUUGACCUGGAAAAUCUGGCAACAUCAGGGAUGGAUUUAUUUGAUGCCGGAACAGAAACAACCAGUACCACUUUGAGAUAUGGCCUGCUUCUCAUGCUAAAGUACCCAGAAGUACAAGAUAAAGUUCAAGAAGAAAUUGAUCGAGUUAUUGGCCAACAUAGGAUUCCUUCUAUUAAAGACAAAAUGGAGAUGCCUUAUACAGAAGCUGUGCUGCAUGAGAUACAGAGAUAUUCUGAUCUUGUCCCUUUAAGUUUGUCCCAUGAGGUAACCCAUGACACCGAACUCCAACAGUAUUUCAUACCUAAGGGCACAACUGUGUUCCCAAUACUCUCCUCUGCCUUAUUUGACCCAAAAGAAUUCCCCAACCCACAUCAGUUUGACCCAAAGCAUUUCCUAAAUGAAGAUGGCAGUUUUAAGAAAAGUGACUACUUUGUGGCUUUCUCUAUUGGAAAACGAGCCUGUUUAGGAGAAGGCCUGGCUAAAAUGGAAUUAUUUUUAUUCCUGGUCACUAUUUUGCAACACUUUAUCCUCAAGAGCACCAUUGAUCCAAAGGAAAUCAACAUCAAGCCAUGUUCUACUGGGAUUAUCACAGUUCCUCCAAAGUACAAACUCUACCUUCUUCCCCGCUAUGAAUGAAAGUCACCCUUCAAAUCCAUCAUAUUGUUUUCUUACCAAGAUUCUAAAUAUCUUAACCCUUAAAAUUAACGAAUCAUAUUAAGGGAAAAUAUAAGAGUUAUCAUUCUUUUAGUAGGUUUCAAUUCUCAUACAUGUGUACAAGGAAAGGUAAUGGAUUAAAGAACUCCUUGUAUACCUUUAUGUCAGAGGGCAGCAUUAUAAAGUGACAUGAAGAAGAUACUCUUAGCAUCAUUAAGCUGUAACCAUGCUGCAUGCUUAGCAAGUUUUAUUUUAAUAAAGGCUGAUUCUUUAUUCCCUUUGAA